UCACUUAUUAAGGAAGAAGACUGAAAUGUGACUUAUUCCAGGAACUUAAAGGUGGAUUUCCUCUUUUUAUUUCAGAUUAAAAACUGAUUUAAGACAUUUUUACAAACCAUUUCAAACCAAAAACUUUUUUAUUAAGUGACUUUAAUGUUCUCGAGCUAAUAAACUGUUUUUCCAGGUAUCUUAAUGGCUGUAAACCGCUUUAAUUUCAAUUUCUUUUCAUUUAUAUAGCACCAAAUCACAACAAGGUUGCCUCAAGGUGUUUCUCACAAGUAAGGUCUAACCUUACCAACCCCCAGAGCAACAGUGGCUGGUGGAAAAGAAAAAAGAGAGAUCUUUUGAUGUUUCUGCAGACUGAGACAGACGUCAUGUCUUAGAGACAAUCAGGAAGAUGAGAUGCCAAAGGCCAGUUGACCUCUGACCUCGUACCAUGGACUUCCCGCUGUACACCAGCCAUCAGCGACACUAUGGGGUAAACGGAGGCACCAACCAGAACUCCAAACCAGGCGAGGACACACUGAAGUUCCUGAGCCAGGAGGAGCAGGAGUGCAUCCAAUUCUUUGAAGAGACAAUAGACUACUUGGAGGGGAGCCUGGAGGAGGACGAGCUGAAGGCCAGAAUGGCAACUACCUCGCUGAGCCACGUCAAUCCCGUCGAGGUGGACGGACCCGCAAGCCUCAGUCCCAAAUCACCAAGUCACAGUCAGGAUAUAAUAGACCUGGUCCAACCAGACCUGAUACAGACCAAAGAACCGGUCUUCAGUCCCACCUCUCCAGACUUUCAGAGGAUGGUGGUGAACCCCGAGAGACACACUGAGACAAAACCAAGCCACGAAUCAAUGAACAGCUUCCCAUCAGAGUACAGUCCAACGCUACCAAGUGGCAGCUAUGGGACAACAGAGAGCCACGCCUCCUACCACGCUCCAGGAUCCAUCCCGACCCCAGUCUUGAUUGCUCAGAAGAUUGCCCAGACCCAGUCAGGUGGAAGCUCCAGCAUUCAUCCUUCCACACUUCUCCACCGUGACAGCCUGGAGAACAUUAGGACGCGGAGCUACAGCACCGACUCUCAGGGCAAACACACUCCACCUACCUCCACCAAGCUAACACGCUUCCCUGCAAACAUCAACAUGAUUACUGGAAACAAGGAGCACCAGAACCAGUCGUUACCCAAUGUGAGCAUUCAUGAAAGGCAGGCAAAGAUGCUGGCAAACCUAGCAGGAACAUCACACCUUCUGCUGGACCCUUUUAAGCAGGACGCAGGAGAAAACUCCAGAAACAUUCCCACACGCAGCAUUUCUUUCAAAGACCCGACACCGGAAAUAUCCAGGAUGGAGGCCCUGUCUAAACUGGGCCUGUCCAGGAACCGUGCAUUUUCUGGGGGUACGGCUCCCCUCCCCAACACAACACCAGGUCUUACCACAGGUUCUGACACCAACAACGAACGUCUGGUAUCCAGUGUUCCCAAAACAGAAGAAUUGAGCACCAAGUCACCUGUGACCACUUCUCCUGUAAUUGCUGGACCUUGUACUAUGCCUCCGAUUGUUAGUGCUUAUAGAGGAUCAGAAACGAGCACCAAACCACCGGCAACCAGUGCUGCUGUACCCAGCCAGGGUCACGUCCACAGACCUCCAGAGACUGUGCCGGUACCCUCCGUCAGCCGUCCUGAUGAUAAACUUCUCUCAGAGAACCCCGCUCAUCUGGAACUUCCGAAGACCAGCCAUCAUCAGACACAUUUUGACAGCACAUCAUCCUGCAACCUUCCACCUGAAGUCAGCUCACUGGAAGUGAACCGUUACGGAGGGAAGUCCCUCGUGGUCCACCCUCCAGCUUCAUCCAGAAGUGAAUAUCUGCCUUCUCCAAACCACGACAGCAAAAACCCUCCACCUGCACUUGCUAACCCUGCCGAGCUGAACCCCUAUGGGGGAAAGUCCAAAGUCCUGUCUCCCGCUGCUGCGGCUGUGCCUCAAAGUGACCUUCCUGACAUCCUCAGCUCCCACAUUGACAGGAGUCAAACGUCUUCCACCAAAGUGGACGCGUUACCUAUUGAGCUCAACCGUUAUGGAGGGAAAAGCCGAACAAUUACUCCACAUUCCAGCUCAAGUACUGCAGGUGGAUGGUCACAGUCCUCCAAACCGCCGGCACCAGCAACAGCGCCAAAACCUACUCGCCACUCUUACCAUGUGGGUGUCAAUCCCCAAAAAAUGGCACAACGAGCACAGUCCCCGGACCACAGGCCAAAAUCUGUAUCCAGAUCGGCUAUGUUUCGCCCUCAGGUCAUCACUGUGCAGUUUUCUGGGCGAGGUCCAACGGAUGACUCACGGAGGGAAGCUUUGAGGAGACUCGGGCUGCUGAAGGACUCCUGACAACCUCUGGAAAGCUGCUGAUAGCGGAAGUGGUUUUGAAGGAAGUUUCUGUGUGCAAGGUGUGGCUGGACGGAGACAGCCAUUUGCUAUGGAAUGAAGCGGAUACUGUGACCGACCUGCACAACUGAUUCUCUGCUUCCCAGGAACAGAAGCAAACAAGUCCAACACGCCAAACGUAAAAAACAAAACACUGAUACUGCAUCCCUCAAAACAUCUUAAUCACGCUAUCAGGAAGAGCAUCAGCUGACUGUUAAUCUGCCAAAAUGAGACUUUUGUUUUUAAGCGUAGUUUUAUAAUGAAAGCAAUAGGUGUGGUGGCCAAGUGGUGAGUGCACUUGGUUUCAGUGUGGAAGGUUCCCGGUUCAAACCUCACCCCUGCCACAUUUCUAAAUGUAAUGUGGAGUUGCAUCAGGAAGGGCAUCCGGCGUAAAACCUGUGCCAAUUAAACAUGCAGAUCCACCUCUGAUCAGCUGUGGCGGGGGAACAAGGGAACAGCCGAAGGGUCUUACUGUGAUGAAAGCAAAGUUUUCAAACAAGCUACACAAGCUAACUGAUCGUCCUUUUUAUAAUAAACUAGAUCUUGUAAUAAGCAUAAAAAAAUAUUUACAAUAAGUGAAGAAAAAUUAAUUCGAGCAUAAAUGUAAAGUGUUCAUUUGUUAUUAAGAGACAUAUUUGCUGGCAGUUGCUCCUAAAGUUUGAGCGCUUCUAUUUGUAUCACUCCAAAACACAAUUAGGAUUUUAUUAUUAUUAAAUUUUUUGGGGGGGGCACAGCUCAGCUGCACUUUAAGAUGGAGACAACACCCCCCCCCCCACCCCCAUUUUUUUUUUUUUUUUUUUGUCAGUGGUGUAAUGAUACAUCACGGACCAUAACUGUAUCAAGGAGAAAAGUCAGGCACAUUUAAAACAACAUGAAAGCAUUAAAAGUUUUGAAAACCUGAUAAAUAUUCAUAAAUAAAUGAAAUAUGUGAUGAAUUCCAACUUCAUUGAUAAUAGAUAUGAAAAUUGGGCUUGUGUUUACAUGUGAUUUUUUUUUCGAUGUACAAGUCACACCAGAGUUUACGUCGCAGGACCUAAACUAUGUUAAGAAAAAUGCAACAUAAUUUGUGUGUGAGUGAUUGUAUUUCACAAUCAUUUUAAUAUUGCGUGAUUAUUUGUAACGGUGCUCAUGUGACAUUCUACUGGCCACUUACAAAGAUCAUUAUGGAAGAACAAAAAAAUAUCGCUCACGUAUUCACGCUAGUUGGAACUGAUUUUGUGUUGAGAUGCCAACAAAAAAAAAAAAAAAAAAAAAAAGGGGGGGGGCAUCAAACGCUAUUGUUAUACUGUAAUUCCUAAAAUUUUUGUACAGUACUGUACAAACUCAGAUUUUUUUUUUUUACUUCUUCAAUGUUAAACUACCAUUAAAAUUAUUGCAUAAAAAUGGAAACGAUAAUGUUGUUACAUUCAUAGUUUCUGAGCUGCUAAAAAGAAUCAAUUAUUAAGUACAACCUCAAUACACACACACACACACAUACAUGUAUAUAUUAUAUAUCCUACUUUUUUAUGUAAAAGACUCACUCACAUGAUCAAUAAAUUGCACCAUUCCCAGAAAAGUAAAGAUAUUGAUCUCUGAGUGGAAACUGAGAAAGACCAAACAUGCAUGUUUGUGUAGCAGCAGGUUCAGCCCCCAAAUGUGUCUCUGCCCCCCCGCCGGUAAGUGAUGUGAGCAGCUUCUGCGUCUCCUGGAAGACACAGAUAUAUUUUUAUACCUCCCACACUAACCCACAGACUGUGGAACGAGCUGUGGGCAGCCUUUUUUUUUUUUUUUUUUUGUAAAUACAUGGAGGGAAUGAAAAAACAAGACUCCUCCUCUUCGGCACGUUGGUGUGCAAGAACUUCAACCACAGCCUCCAGAAAUAACUCCUGAGUUAGUUGUAUGUCAAACUGUUCAUGAUGACUUUUCUCUUAUUUAACUGUCUCUUUGUGUGAAACGUGUCCAAACCUACGGUCCAGACUCCGGCUCGCUGUAGUUCAGCUGCAGUUAUCUGUUGAAGUGGAUUUUUUUUUUUUUUUAAUCACUUGGAGCGCCGCGCGCCAUGUCUUUGUGAUUGUUUACAGACUCCGGUUCUCUGUGGUUCAGCUGCAGUUAUUUCUGAAGGAUUUAAAGAUAAACACAAGUUAGUUCCUGAUGAGGGGACAUGCUGAGGUCAGAGGUCAAAUGCUUCCAUGCUCUUUGACCCUGAAUUGUUGACAUUAUGCUUGUAUAUCUUCUGCUUCUGAUGUCAUUAAAAUGGUGAUUCUAACUGAA